AUGGAGGUCGGAAGCAAGAUGUCUCCGGACAUCAAAGAAUGCGUCGACCUGAACGGCAAUCAAUACUACUACUUUCGUCCAUCAGCUUCCCUCCCUAUCCGUCGUAUAUUGCAGUCAAAUCCACAAAUUCCAUACUCCGACAUCAAUAUCCCUCCACAAUGGCAUCAGUGGCUUCGGCAGACUCGCCCCGAGCCUCCAUCCUUGCAGGAACAGCAGAACGAUCUCAUACGUCAGCAGCAGUUGAAGGUACUAGCUAGACAGGCUGAUGAGCGAUGGGCACAAAAGGCAAGUGUGCUUGAUAAACCGAGACGAGCAAAUCAAGAAUUGGGAGUGGGUGACGGAGAGACGGAAGGGACCGUAGGCAGGAGAUGGGAGCCAGGCAGAGAGACAGCUAAGGGCGAGAUUGUUGAGAAAGACAGAAGUGAAGCCGAACGAAGAGAAAGAGAGAAUCCAUGGAAAAGGGACAGAGGAGCGCCUGGAGCUCAUAUCUCGUCCGACGAACCCGUCCAAGACAACGGCGAAGCAUCAGAAGUCUACGCUCUUCAACCCAUCUAUCAAAACAGCAUGGCAGCACCGAUCAUCGCUCCAGCAAUUACGAUGUACAAUCCUCCCAACGCAUCGCUCCGACUCGCUGCGUUGGAAGCUGCAUUAGUUGGCAAAGCAGUUGAAGUAGCAGUUGCGUGA